GUUAAGAACUCGCGUGGUUUCCGACGAAACGACGAUUCUUACUUAUGUCUGAUUGCACGAUAAUUAAACUAUAAAAUGUUUAAUAGUGUGAGGCGAAGACUGCUCAUCUCGGUUGGGAAUUUCUUAGUGCGGUCUGUUCAUGAGGAAGCUCUGUCAUCAUCCAAACUCCGUUUCAGUGCGAAAGCACAUUUGAAUAACACAUAUAGACGACUUUACUCUCAGAUAGCGAUCAAGGACCAAAAUGUAACGAGUGCCGACCUGAAAAACUGGAAUGAUAAAUUGAACGAGGAGAAGCUGCACGCAUUUCUGGCCGACCCCGAGAACAACAAACGCUUUCAAAUAUUAGAACUAGAGGUUGACGUUUUGCGGCAUAAUGCCGAGAAAGUUCCAAAUAAUAUUACAGCAACAGAUUGGUUGAUGCUAUUAGACAUGAAGAGCAAGACAAAGAGAAAAAAAUAUCUUGACUUUUUGUGGACUAAAGAGACAUUAAAAGAAAAGAAUAAAGCGAAGAAAGAGUUGAAAAAAGCCGAGUUUGCUAGAAAAAAGGAGAUGGAAUCUGAGGACACGGGUGAAAUGAAAUAUGGACUCCUAUAUAAUACAUUAUUUAUGCGUAUCUAUGAAUCAACUAUUAACCGUUUCUACAAUGGCAAAUUAAUUCAGAAUAUAAUGUUUGAACCAAAGAUAGUAUUUGAUUGUGGUUAUGAUGAUUACAUGAACCAACGGGAGAUACAUAAUUGCGCCAAACAAAUAUCCAUAGCAUUUGCCGAUAAUCGUAUUCAUGUUAAUCCUCUGUGCCUUUAUCUAUGCAACUUCAACUACAACGGAUUACUUAAGCAGUACCUUCAUCAGAAUAUACCUACUUUGUUAAACGAUGAUUUUCCAGUGGUUAUAACAUCACAGUCUUAUUUAGAUAUAUUUCCAAAAAAUCAGUUGGUAUAUCUUACUCCACAUUGUCGGACGGAACUAACUGAAUAUGAUCCAGAUAUGACCUAUAUUAUAGGUGCAUACAUAGACAAGGCUGAUUCACAACCAUUAUCUUUGGCAAAAGCCAAAAAGGAAGGCAUUUGCAUGGCCAAAUUUCCUAUAGAUAAGUAUCUUAAGUGGGGUAGUAGUUCGUCAAAGAAUCUCACGAUCAAUCAGUCGUUGAAAAUAAUGUUGGACCUGAGACACACGAGAGAUUGGAACGAGGCAUUGAAAAAUGUGCCAAAUAGAAAAUUAAAGUCCACUAGAGUAUUAAUGUUAAAAAGAAAAGUGGAGAAAUGUUUAUUCCAAUCAUCCACUCAGUCUAAACCUAAUGUUUUAAAGGAUUUUACGUUCCAGAAUAAAAAAAAAUAUUAAUCUUUAAUUAUUGUACAUAUUAGAUUGCAAUAAAUUAUAUAAAGAAUUU